AUGAUCAUUCUCUUUGUAGAGGCUGUAUAUAUGGAGAAGGGUGAGUCACUCUGUCGAGUCUGCGGAGACAAGGCAUCGGGAAAACACUAUGGCGUGCCCUCCUGUGAUGGCUGCCGAGGGUUCUUCAAGAGGAGCAUACGAAGAAACCUGGACUACGUGUGUAAGGACAAAGGAAGAUGUGUGAUCGAUGUCAGCCGAAGAAACCAGUGCCAGGCGUGUCGCUUCUCCAAAUGUCUCCGAGUCAACAUGAAAAAGGAUGCUGUCCAGCAUGAACGUGCUCGGAGACCAGGCGCUCAGCCUCCCGUACGGUUAGGCUUCUUCAACCGGCCAGGGUUUGCCCAGAGCCUGUACUAUCAGUCCGUAGGAAUAGGCUAUAUGCCCACCGCUCCCAGCUACAUCGUCCAACCUCCUUCCCCUUCGCCUCCCGCUGAGAUCAAUCCGAGUGUCCGACAAAGUAACCCGCCGGACUACCCUCAAAGUUACCCUAGUUAUCAAAGCGUUCCUCCGAAUUCUCCAUCCGAUCAGUCUUUUCCAUUUCUGUUCCCCACAUUGAAUAGCACGAAUCCGAUUUACGCGUUGCAAAUGCAUGCGAUGCAAUAUGGGAUGUCAGCACGUGUACACCCGAGGUACUUCCAUCCACCGACCAUUCAGCACGAUGGCGCUGGUCCUUCGACUGCUCCAGAUAAUCAGAUAGUGCCAGUGGAUACACAAUCUAUGCGUACUCCGGUGAUUCGCCAUACCGACCUUGAUCCAGAAGACGUCCCCGCUACUGGUAGAGCCAACAUCGAGGAACUAUACAACGUGGUCAAGCUUGAAUACUUUGAUCGCCAAAUGCGCGAAUCCAUGAUUAUAAGUCUGGAGCACAGGAACGAUUUCGACGAACUUGGACUGUUCCUGGAGGACACCGUGAACUGGGUACGACGAGCCUCAGUCAGCGAGAACAUACCGUUCUCCGAACAGAAGAACCUGCUCUUCAAUAACUGGAGGGAGUUGCUGAUCAUCACGACCGCUCAAAGGAAUCACCGUUUCAAUGCUGAACGCAUCGUAGCUCGGCUGGCGGCGGAUCGGCAGAACAUCGAGGACGAAGUGAAGCGUCUCAUGACUGUCAUCAACCGUGUUCUCCUCCUCAACAUGGACCCAACCGAAUUUGACUACUUGAAGAAGAUCAUGCUAUUCCGCACAGUUCGUUCCUCAGAGAUCCCGGUCUUGUGCGCCUCGUCGUCCAGGGAUGAACUUCAAGAGCGAGCGCUUUACCAACUUUACAAAUACAACGCGAAGGACUAUCCCUUCAGGGUCGGGAAAACUCUUCUGCUCCUGCCGAGUGUGUGCUUCGUGGCGCAAAUGGGCCUCCUCGAAAGUCUGCUGUUCAAGAUACCGUGCGAUCUGAACAUGCUGCUUCUCACGUGGCUGGCCAGGGAACAACAAGCCUAAGUAGCUUGUUGUUCAUAUUGUAAAGGAGCUCAGCCAGGCUUUAUUAAUUAGGCUGCGCCCUUACCUUCUAUCUAUCUAUCCUUCAGACUCGUUCGGAACUCGAAAAAUAUUUAGAGCGCUAAAACCUGCUAUGAAUUAUUGAGCUGAAAGUCGAUCUUUAAAUAAACUUUACUGGCCUUUCGGGUUCCG